AAAGGCCCCAAGUUAAUGAGGCGUGCGCCGGCAGCAGAGCGCCUUUCCGAGCUGGGCUUUCCCCCGCGGUGCGGGCGCCAGGAGCCGCCUUUUCCGCUGGGUGUCACUCGGGGGUGGGGGGGAUGGCCCAUUCAAAAGCGCCGCGAGGGGGCCCGGCCAGUGCCUUUCAGUGAGCGCUCGCAAGAGGACGGCAGAGGCCCGGAGGCUCGCUGCUCCGGGACCUUGUGGCGCAUCAGGACGCGGCUGCCCUCCUGCCCGGACCCCGAGCCGCCUCCGCCGCCGUCGCUCUGCUUCCUGCGCGUUAGCCUUCUCUGCGCGCUCCGGACAGGCGGCCGCGGGAGCCGCUGGGGCGAGGACGGCGCGCGGCUGCUGCUGCUGCCCCCGGCCCGGGCGGCUGGAAGUAGAGAGGCCGAGCCGAUCGGCGCCCCUCCCUAUGCCGGGAGGAUGUUGGAGAGCAGCGGCUGCAAAGCGCUGAAGGAGGGUGUGUUGGAGAAGCGCAGCGACGGGUUGCUGCAGCUCUGGAAGAAAAAGUGCUGCAUCCUCACUGAGGAGGGGCUGCUGCUCAUCCCGCCCAAGCAGCUCCAACACCAGCAGCAGCAGCAGCAGCAGCAGCAGCAGCAGCAGCAACAGCCCGGGCAGGGGCCGGCCGAACCGUCCCAACCCGGAGGGCCCGCCGUGGCCAGCCUCGAGCCGCCGGUCAAGCUCAAGGAAUUGCACUUUUCCAACAUGAAGACCGUGGACUGCGUGGAGCGCAAGGGCAAGUAUAUGUACUUCACUGUGGUGAUGGCCGAGGGCAAGGAGAUCGACUUUCGGUGCCCGCAGGACCAGGGCUGGAACGCCGAGAUCACGCUGCAGAUGGUGCAGUACAAGAACCGUCAGGCUAUCCUGGCGGUCAAGUCCACGCGGCAGAAGCAGCAGCACCUGGUCCAGCAGCAGCCCCCGCAGCCGCAGCCCCAACCCCAACCCCAGCCCCAGCCCCAGCCCCAGCCUCAGCCUCAGCCCCAGCCUCAGCCCCAGACACAAUCUCAGCCGCAGCCCCAACCCAAGCCCCAGCCGCUCCACCCAUAUCCGCAUCCGCACCCUCACCCGCACCCGCACCAACUACCGCACUCGCACCAACAACCGCUCUCACAACCGCUCUCGCAGCCGCACGGCCACCGGCUCCUCCGCAGCACCUCCAACUCUGCCUGAAGGGGGCAGCACCCGGGCCAGACAAGGUUUUGAGGACUUGAAGUGGGACGAACACCUGUCUAUUGUCUUCACUUGAAUCGAAAACAAAAGUCUCCCCGCCCUGCACGAGAUCGAGUAGUUUGGACCUCACCCGACUGAUAACUUGAGAUUCCUCUUAGUUUUCUGCAUACUCUUCAUCACAAUGCAGGAGACGGUUUCAGUCCAGAAGGCUUUAUUUAUGAACCUUUGAAAGGCUCUUCCAGUAUGGUGGACCUUCUAGGAGCGAUGAUGUACUGUAAUUUUAUUUUAAUGUAUUUUGAUUUAUGAUUAUUUAUUAGUUUUUUUUUAAUGCUUGUUUUAAGACAUUUCUGAAUGUAGGCCGUUUUCCAAAAGAGAAACUUUUAUUUUCAAAAACCUAUUCCCUAGUAAGUUCUGAUCCUGGAAAAGAAAAAAGUAGAAGGGCGGUGGAGGGGAAAACCAUUAAGAACUCAUUCGUUAUUCCUAGGCAUUUUCAGAAGGUCUGACACUUUCAUUGUUAUGCCAGGUGGUUGAAAUUAAACUCUGAUAUUACUUCA